CCAUCAGACACAGACACGCAACUCAUUUGUGUUUAGUGGCUUUAAGUGCAGCCUUUUACUCUCAGUCAACAUGCCUUGUGUCAGCGAUCUCCCAAACCUUCUGUCAGCUGUGCUGAUAUGGUUAAUGAAUUUCAAGUGUUCCAUGUCUCAACUUGAAUUCAAUGAAACCAUCAAAAUCAUCACACACUUUAACCUCACCACCAUCAACUACCUGGACUAUAAUGUCACCAUGGAUUAUGAAGACUUUCCUAUACUCUGUGUGAAAGAAUCCAACCGUGUGUUCCGCAACUGGUUCAUGCCGACCUUCUACUCCUUCAUCUGCAUCAUGGGGCUGGCAGGGAACCUACUUGUCAUCCUCACCUUCUUCUAUUUCAAGCGUCUCAAGACCAUGACGGAUGUGUUCCUGCUCAACUUGUCCUUUGCGGACCUGCUCUUUGCUCUGUCGCUCCCCUUUUGGGCAGCCAGCUCCAUGACAGAAUGGGUGCUGGGUGUGGUGGCCUGUAAAGCCAUGUACACUAUUUACAAGGUCAGCUUCUACAGCAGCAUGUUCAUUCUCACAUUCAUCAGCGUGGAACGCUACUUCGUCAUCGCCAGGGCUGUCUCUGCUCACCGCUACCGCACCCAGGCAGUGUUCUUCAGCAAGGUGUCAUCAGCUGCCAUCUGGGUGAUGGCACUGAUCUUCUCCAUUCCAGAAAUGAGCUACACCACAAUCAAUAACAACACCUGCACCCCUUACUCAAGCAGUUCUGACAUGCUCCGCGUCAAAAUAGAGGCGAGCCAGAUUGUUUUGGCUUUUGCCCUCCCGCUCCUGGUCAUGACCAUCUGUUACAGCAGCAUUGUCAAGACCCUUUGCCAGGCUCGUAGCUUUGAACGCAAUAAGGCCAUCAAGGUGAUUCUCGCUGUGGUAGCCGUUUUCCUGCUCUGCCAACUGCCUUAUAACCUGGUCUUGAUUGUGAACACAAUUGUCACAGCAAGUGGAGAAACCCAACACUGCAACUACGAGAAAAUGAUCCUCUAUGCCAACGAUGUCACCCAGUGCAUUGCUUUCAUGAGGUGCUGCCUGAAUCCCUUCGUCUAUGCCUUUAUUGGUGUGAAGUUUCGCCAUGACCUCCUGAAGCUGCUGAAGGACUUGGGUUGCAUGAGCCAUGAGUGGUUCAUCAGGUUUACCAAGGGCAGGAGGAGGAGCUCAGGGGCCACUGACACUGAGACCACCACCACAUUCUCUCCUUAAAGCUGUUUCAGUGGGAACAACCGCCGAUUCAACCACCGCAGACCACACAGUGGACUAUUGAACAUUAAGAUAACAGUCUCAACAUAAACACCAAACAUAUGUUUCAUGUAAAGGGCAGAGGUUAAAUGACAAUUUUGUGUGUUAUUUGUUAUUUUUUGUUGUUUGUCUCUUUGAUAGUGUUUAUUCUUGUCAGUGACGACGAAACAAAGCUUUGGUUAUUUUUUUGUGUUGGCUACAGUGUACAGUACUUCAAGAAAUUCACAGUGUUAAUAAGAAACUCAACCAAUGUGAAGAGCACCAAAUCAUGUUCAAUAAAGUGAACAAAUCAAAGUCUGUUUUCUGUAUUCUCAGCUUUUUGCAAUACUGUAAGAUAAUUAAAUAAGGUUAGAAUCACUGAACACUUUAAAGUGCUGCAUUGGUUGAAUUAAUGUGGAUGUAAUACAUAAAAAACACAUUAACUUAUGUUCAGGAAUAU